GGCAUGACGUGGCGAGACCGUCACGGCUCAAGGCGAGAGAGGUGGCGUGACGGCCCUGGACACUGCUGCGAUCCCGCGGCCGGCCAGUUACUGACUGUGGAGUUGGACCGCCAGCCGUGCCCUCGAUCCCGCCGCCGGCCAGUUACUGACUGUGGAGUCGGACUGCCAGCCGUGCCCCAUGUGGCGCGGCGCGGCUGGUGUGUGGCGUGGUCGGCGGUGGGACCGGGGCCGGUUCGCGCGUGGUGCAGAGGGCUCCGUUGAGGACACAGCCGGAAGCGGAACUAUGGAGCCACCAUAAGGCUUGGCCGGCACCGGCGGCGGUUCGGCGGUGGCGGCGGCCGGCCAGCAGCGGUCCCGGGCCAGCACCCGAGACUCGGACGUCGACGAGCUCGAGCUGGACAGGGACUGUCUGAUGAAGUAUGUCAAGAUCAAGACUCGUCACAUCACCGACGGACAGGGCGUGGUGACGGGCACUCUGCUGGUGACGCCCAACUGUCUGAUGUUCGACCCGAACGUGUCGGACCCGUUGGUGCUGGAGCACGGCGCCGACCGCUACUGUGUUAUGGUGCCCAUGGACUACAUCGUGUCGGCUGCCCUCUUCACCGACAUCGCGCACAUGAAGGUCAAGGACCGCGGCAACAUCCCGCCUCCGGACCUGCCACCGCCUGAGGUGUACCACGCUCCGCCGAAGGGCUCGCCGGCCCUCGCUACGGAGCCGCCGUCGGCCGCACCGGAGCUGGUGCCGGCCGACGGAACCAGACCGCCGGAGCCGCGGGAGUCGCCGCCACCUGCAGCGCAGCCGGAGCGGGAGCCGGAGCCUGGUCAAGACAAGCCAGAGCGGGAUAGUGAGAAACUAGAGGAGGUGCAGGGGAAGCUGGAGCAGGUGCAGGAGAAGCCGGAGCCGGAGCCGGAGCUGGAGCCGGAGGGCAUCGGCCUGGCCAAGGAGCUAACGUUUCCGGAGCUGAGCCUGCGGUCCGGCUCGCUUGAGGAGGAGGAGACCGACCCGGAGCGCAGCGACGCCGCCGCCUUCCCCAAGGCGUUCGAGCGCGGCCUGGUGACGCCCGAGGCGCGCCGCGAGAUGGCGCUGGGCGACGGUGACGGCGCGCCGCCGCCCACCACCGAGCUGCCGGUGCCGCUGCCGGCGCCGGCCGAGCCCGUCAAGGACACCAUGACAGACAGCGCCAUCAGCCUGGGCGGCGAGGGAGGCGAGGCGAGCGAGCCGAGGGCCGGCCCCGGCAGCCAGCCACCGGCCGAGGAGCUGCUCGACGAAACCAAGAAGCAGAAGGUCUGGAAGCGGCUUUCACACCCGCUCACCUGGAUGGAGAGCUUGUCGGGCGCGCAGGAGCGCGAGCCCACGCCCUCCUCGGCGCCACCGCACCUCGAGAACACGCCCAAGUCGAUGCUCUCUAACGUCGUGUCGUCCGUGUCGUCCGUCUCCAACGCGAUCGCGAGCUCUCCACGCUAUAUCGUAGACCUGGGCAGCGGCCUGCUGAGCUCCCUCUCGCCGGGCGACGCCGAGCUGGGCACGACGCCGGCCGGCGCUCCGCGCGAGCCGGCCACCACCGGCCGCGCCGGCUCCCUCUCCGAGCAGGAGGCGCGCAAAGAGGGCAACUCCGUCUUCUACACCGAGCGGUCGUCGUUGGACCGCCGGCCGCGUGCCCAGGCCAGUUUCGGCGGCUACAAGAACCUGGUGUCGAUGGACGAGCGGCCCUCGCUGUUCACCUCGUUUGACGUCAAAGGGACGUGCUUUCCUGGUUUUGAUGGUCAUGAGCUGAUCCCGAAGCCAUCGCAGCGGGCCGACGAUCCGCCGCUCUACCUCUGCCUCAUCAUGGGCAAGCGCAAGGGCCGCAAGAUCCGCAAGACGGUCCGCAUCGUCUCCUACGGCGAGGAGAAGCUGCGCUCCGAGCUCUGGUUCUCCAUCCCGCGCGACAAAUGUGACCAGUUGUACCACUUCAUCCAAUACUGGGCGCCCGAGAUAUACGGCAGUCUGCAGACCACCAAACCGGAGGAGCGCGGCUUCGAGCUGGUGGACUCAGAUUCUGAUAUCUGGGAGGCCGACGAAGGCUGGGAGGCGGUGGCCAGCGACGCCACCUCGGGCGAGGCGGGCCUCAUUGACCUACCGCGGCAGCUGCCCAAGCAGAGCUGGGAGGUCAUAAAGGCCCCCUACGUAAAGCUGUAUAGUAUGAUCAAAAGCCAGACGUCGGCCACGUCAGAGGAGGAGAUGAACGAGAUGAGCGCCAUGUCGGAGGAGCUGCGCCGCGCGCUCUGCUCCAACUCGAUGACCUCCAUGGACAUGGAGUUCGUGCCGGACCUGGUCGGCAAGUCGGAGCUGCUCACCGACGAGAUCCGCAAGAGUCUGUGCAAGAAGCUACCGCCACGGGUGGAGGGGCAUCCGUGGUCGCUGAUCUUCAGCUCGUCAGAGCACGGCUUCAGCCUGAAGUCGCUGUACCGCAAGACGUCGGCCUACGAGUGCCCCAUGAUUCUGUUCGUCCAGGACACCAACGAUCACGUAUUUGGCGCCCUCUGCUCGACCACCAUCCACAUGAGCGAGCACUACUACGGCACCGGCGAGACGUUCCUCUUCACCUUCUACGAGCAGUUCCGCACGUAUGGCUGGAGCGGCGAGAACCUGUACUUCGCGCGCGGCUCGCCCGACGGCCUGGAGUUCGGCUCCGGAGACGGCCACUACGGCCUGUACCUGGACGGAGACCUGUACCGCGGCCGCACGCAGUGCUGCCUCACCUACCGGAACGAACCCCUCACCUGCGGCGAGGACUUCACUAUCCGCGCCAUCGAGCUCUGGGCGUUGACGUGAACGCCCUGCCACCACCGCCGCUGCCGCCGCCGCCUCCGCCGCCGCUGCCGCCG